AUGCCCGCCGCCACACAGACCGUCCCGUCCUGGAUGACCGGCGGCGCCACCAAAGAUAUCCCACUCAACGGCAUCUCCAACGGGCUCAAAUCCAAGAACAUCACCCUCCAGCAGGUCUCCAGCACUCAGAACGAUGGUUUUGGCGAAGACGACGCAUUCGCAGUCGCUUCUGGCCCGCAGAAAACCUUUAGCCGAGACACGGUGAAAUCAGACGAUAGGAAGGACUAUGAGCACGAGAGAGAGGAAUUCAAAACUGCCUGGGACAAUACUAGGAACCACUUGGAGAGUGUCUUCGAGCAACUUUUCCGGGAGCGCACGAGAGUCGGUAAGGGUGAUAUCGAGGUGCUGAUCUCGAGAUUUGGCGUCAACGACUAUAACGUCGCCGUCCGCUCCUGGAACGCCAGUAUCCCAGACCGCAAGUCGACACUCAAGCCGCUUCAAGUAUUUGAUCCGACGGCCGAAGGCAGCGUCAGGACCAUCGGUGGUCUACAGGUCACCAUCGAAGAGCUCGAGGCCUUCCCGGAUGUCGUCAAAGCGGGCCUCUUGAUGGCUCUAGAAGUCGACCCGGCGCUGAUCGCGUUUCCCGAUUUAUUCAACGAAGAAGGUGGCAUUGCUGACAACGUCGUCGACAGUGUAAAGUCGUUCGGGAUCAGAGCUGGGAUCUACAAGACCUCGGACAGCCGCGUGGACAGCGAGAACGCUGUGUUCGAGGACAUCAAGAGCCAUCAGGUUAAGAACCCUAAGACUGGACGGGAUCAGCUGGAAGCCAGGCUCACAAAGCAGUUGAGGGUGGCUGUUGGGUUGCCGGCGGUCAGUGUUGGCUAA